AUGGUGUAUCGUGGCACGUGGGUUGCUCUUCUUGUGAUUGCUUUGAGCCAAACUUUCACGGCGACGCAGGCAGUGAACUGCUACCAUGACACGUACAAUCAGGCGACGGGAGCAGUUACUCAAUCCACGGCAAUGAAUUGUGUGUUCUGCAUCUUCGAAGAGUCAUACGUAACAAUGGCCACACGCAAACCGCAUCGUCUAUGCAGCACACGCUGCUGGCCCUACGAAACCACGACUUCCAGACGCGUUUGUUGUCAGACGGACCUAUGUAAUCCGGACUAUAACACAGCAAAGGCAGCUGAAGUAGCAGGCGACCCAUAAUUGCCUUCGGCCUGACAGUAUUAGUGAUACUGAAGACAAGACAAUAUUUCUCUAUGUGGACUGCAAUUUUUGGUAAUCAGUUUGCUGCUUUUAUUCGAUGCCAUGCAAUUGACACAGCAAGUGGUCAGACACCAGAUGGAGUUCCCUAAUUGUAUUUCUUUAAUAUAACAUGAAUAAAA